AUGCAUAUUCCAGACCGUGCCGACUUUGUGCCUCCGCACCAGGGCCGGAAUGUCUUUCCCAACUGUCCUUUUUUCGGCAGAUUGCUGCGGCUGGCCCACGACGCGCCUGCGAAGACCAUCAUUGCCGAUGUCAACCUCGACGUCGAAAAGUCUCGCAUCCAGCUGCUAACUGACGUUCUAGAGAUGCGAAACGACCUGCUAGAACGCCUGGGCAAGACAGCGAGAGAUGACCUGGUACGAGGCAACAGACCCAUUUUCAUCGCCGUGCUGGCUGCUGGGGGCUAUGAGUACACCGUUGGAGUUCUCGGCGUUCUCGCAUUAGGAGCCGUCGUAGUGCCCAUCAGUCCACAAGCACCUCUAGAAGAGGCAUCUUACUUUAUAGAAAAGGCCCAGUGCGUGGCAGUCCUGACCGCCUCAAAUUUGGACAGCCAGGGAACCGCCUUAGAAAACACUGUCAGGAGCCAGCGCCAGACGGCCGAUUUUUCCAAGAUCUUGAUCGCCCCCUCCCUCCGGCAUUGGAGCCAUCGACCAUCCGAUAUCUCAAUCUCCUCCGACAGAUAUCUAGACGACAACGCCCCGGCGUUCGUGAUCUUUACGUCCGGGACAACGGGGAAACCCAAGGGGGCCGUACACCGACGAGCGAUGACCCACGAAGUCGCGCGCUCCGUAGCCGACCACUACAAGGUGACAGAGGACGACCGUAUCCUGCAUCUCAUGCCCGUACACCAUGCCACGGGAGCAUAUUUGUCCUUCUACCCGUUCCUGAUUCGUGGCGCCUGCAUCGAAUUCCGCAGCGGGCCAUUCAGCGCCGAGUGGACGUGGGAGCGGUGGAAGAAGGGUGGCAUUAGCUUCUUCACGGGCGUGCCCACCAUGUACGUGCGGAUGAUGCGCCACUUCCAGCAAAGCCAGGUGGGGUUGUCAAGAUCUGCCUCUUCCUCCUCUCCUCCUCCAUCUAGUACAUCCAUCGAGUCCGCUACGGCAGCUGCAGCGGCAAUGCGAAUACGUGGCAUGCUGUGCGGCACGUCCGCCCUGCCCCGACCGGUGGAGGAGUUUUGGGAGACUCUCAGGGGCGGCAAACGCAUCCUGACGCGCUACGGAAGUACCGAGUCUGGGGCUGUUUUCAAAAUGGCUCUGGAGCCUGGGGACACCCCAUCGGGCUCCGUGGGUACGUGUUCCCCUGGGGUGGAAGUGCGGUUUGCAGACGGUGGUGACGAAGGCGAAAUCCUGAUCAAGAGCCCGGGCAUGUUUACGGGAUACCUCUCCGACGAGCAAGCCACACGGGACGCGCACGAUUCGGACGGCUUCUACAAGACGGGCGACAUCGGGCGGCGUGAGGGAGAGUACUACUUCAUCCUGGGGCGUGCGUCGGUCGACAUCCUCAAAUGCGGCGGGUACAAGAUCUCGGCGCUGGACAUUGAGCGCGAGUGCCUGGGCCUGCCGUACAUCAACGAGGUCAUGGUCGUGGGGGUCGACGACGCCGAAUGGGGCCAGCGCGUCGCCGCCGCGGUGACCCUGCGCGACGACCAGACGACGUACUCGUACCGUCCCACCGGCAGUGGCAAGGCCCUCACACUCGCGCAACUGCGCAAAGACCUCGGCGACAAACUGGCGCGGUACAAGCUCCCGACGAUCCUGCGCGUCAUCGAGGGCGAACUGCCCAAGAACGCCACGGGCAAGGUAUCCAAGAAGGUGUCGGGCCCCGCGCUCUUCCCGGCCAACUAUGCAGAGAUCCCCGAGGUGCAGGUGUGGAAUACGUCGUCCUCGAGGAGAGACACGACAGGGAUGGCGAGGCUGUGA